AUGGAUCUCGUCAACUCCUUGAACGACCGCCUGCUCUUUGCGGUGCCUAAGAAGGGCCGCCUCCACCAAGCAUGUCUUGACCUCCUCCACGGCUCCGACAUCCAGUUCCACCGACACUCGCGUCUCGAUAUCGCACUCGUCAAGAACCACCCGCUCGCUCUUGUGUUUCUGCCUGCCGCUGAUAUCCCAACUUUCGUAGGAGAGGGUCGCGUAGACUUGGGCAUAACAGGGCGCGACCAAGUAGCAGAACAUGAGUGCGUCGCACCGCCUACUGCUACCAGCGGUGUAGAGGAGGUCCUAGAUCUCGAUUUCGGAAAGUGCAGUCUACAGGUACAAGUUCCUGCAAAGGGUGACCUGGCAAAGCCGGAAGACUUGAUCGGCAAGAACGUUGUUACAAGCUUCACCAACUUGGCUGAGCAGUAUUUCCGGAAACUAGAGGCCGAACAGGCCGGAAACACAAACGGAGAGGCCAAUGGUGAUGCCAAACUCAAGACAGUCAUCAAGUACGUUGGUGGCAGUGUCGAGGCGGCGUGCGCAUUGGGCGUCGCAGACGGUAUCGUCGAUUUGGUGGAAUCGGGUGAGACAAUGCGCGCAGCUGGUCUCAAGGCCAUCUCUACAGUCGUCUCAUCAAGUGCUAUCCUCAUCAAGUCGAAGCACCCAUCAGACCCCAAGCUGGUAGAGCUGAUCACAGCUCGGAUAAAGGGUGUUAUCACUGCACAAAAGUACGUCCUGUGCACCUACAACAUCGACCGAUCGAAGCUCGAUAUCGCACGCAAGAUUACUCCCGGACGCCGCGCUCCCACCGUCAACGCGUUGGAAGAGGAUGGCUGGGUGGCUGUUCAGGCUAUGGUGUUGAGGAAAGAUAUCGCUAUUGCUAUGGACAAGUUGACAGAGGUUGGGGCUACCGACUUGAUCGUAACCAAGAUCGAGAAUUCGAGAACAGGAGAUUAA